UCUAAAACCCUCACACAUUCUCUUUCUAGAGCUCUUCUUCUUCUUCUUCUUCUCUAGUCCGAUCGAUCCCUCCCUUCCUCCUCCUCCUCCUCUGCUCCUCUCCUCCGUCGUCUUCUCCGACGGAUCCGUCCAUGUCGCCGGCUUCAGGUUAGCUCGUUCCUCUCCCGAUCGCUUCGAGCCUCGAACGCAAUCCCUAAUCUCGCGGCAUUCGGGCGCUGUUUCCCACCCUGCUCGCUUCCGACUUCCGGGAAGAUUCUAGAGAGAGAGAGAGAGAGAGAGAGGGGAAGAGGGGGAAAUCGGAGAGGAGAUGAAAGUGCCUUGCUGCUCCGUCUGCCAGACGCGGUACAACGAGGAGGACCGGGUGCCCCUGCUGCUCCAAUGCGGCCACGGGUUCUGCAAGGAGUGCCUCUCCAGGAUGUUCGCCGCGUCGCUCGACAACACCCUCCCCUGCCCCCGGUGCCGCCACGUCUCCUCCGUCGGCAACUCGGUCUCCUCCCUCCGCAAGAACUACGCCGUCCUCGCCCUAAUCCACUCCAACUCCACGAUGCCGGCCAACUUCGACGUCGAUUUCACCGACGACGAGGAGGACGCCGACGGGGAGGCGGACGGCGAGGACUCGCGGGCGCGGCGUGGGGCCCUGGCCUCGAGCUCCGGCGGAUGCGGACCGGUGAUCGAGCUGGGGACCCACCAGGAGCUGAAAUGGGUGAGGAAGAUUGGGGAGGGGAGGAGGGCUGGAGUGGAGGUGUGGGAAGUGGUGAUCGGCAGCGGCAGUGGGGGGCGGUGUAGGCACCGCGUGGCGGUGAAGAAGGUGGCGGUUGGGGACGAUGCGGCAGCAAUGGAUAUGGAGUGGGUGCAAGGGCAGCUUGAGAAUUUGAGGAGGAUGUCAAUGUGGUGUAGGAAUGUGUGCACUUUUCACGGGGCUGUUAGGAAUGAAGACGGUAGCUUAUGCCUUUUCUUGGAUAGGUGUCACGGGUCGGUGCAGUCAGAGAUGCAGCGCAACGAGGGGAGGCUGACAUUGGAGCAAAUCUUAAGAUAUGGUGCGGAUAUUGCACGUGGCGUGGCUGAACUCCAUGCAGCAGGAGUUGUUUGCAUGAAUUUGAAACCGUCUAAUCUUCUUUUAGAUGCAAAUGGCCAUGCGGUAGUUUCUGACUAUGGACUUGCUUCAAUCCUGAAAAAACCUUCCUGCCGAAAAGCUCGAUCGGAGUGUGAUUCAGCCAGAGUCCAUUCUUGCAUGGAUUGUACAAUGCUUAGCCCCCAGUAUGCUGCUCCAGAGGCAUGGGAGCCGGUGAAGAAGUCUUUGAAGUUCUGGGAUGAUGCCAUUGGUAUUUCUGGAGAAUCGGAUGCCUGGAGUUUUGGUUGCACUUUGGUGGAAAUGUGCACUGGUUCUGCCCCGUGGACUGGUCUUAGUGCGGAGGAAAUAUACCGGGCUGUUGUCAAGGGUGGGAGAUUGCCUCCGCAAUAUGCAAGUGUCGUCGGAGUUGGAAUACCGAGGGAUUUGUGGAAGAUGAUUGGUGACUGCCUCCAGUUUAAGGCGUCAAGAAGACCAUCUUUUAAUUCAAUGUUGGCAAUAUUCCUGAAACACUUGCAAGAAAUACCACGUAGUCCUCCUGCAAGCCCCGAAAAUGACGUCACCAGAACUUCCGGUUCAAGUUUGACAGAACCACUUCGUGGAUCUGUUUCCGAUCUAGUACAGGAUAACACUGGCCUUCUCCACAAGCUGGUAUCAGAGGGUAACGUGAAUGGAGUUAGGGAUCUGCUCGCAAAGGCUGCAUCAGGAAAGAUGAACAACUCUAUAUCUUCACUUCUGAAAGCACAGAAUCCUGAUGGCCAAACCGCGCUGCAUUUGGCAUGUAGGCGUGGUAGUGCAGAAUUAGUUGAGGCUAUUUUAGAGCAUCGUGAAGCAUAUGUAGAUGUUUUGGAUAAGGAUGGCGACCCUCCUCUUGUUUUUGCGUUAGCUGCGGGAUCCCCAGAAUGUGUCCAUGCUCUCAUCAGAAGAGGUGCUAAUGUUAGAUCGAGGUUGAGGGAUGGCUUUGGGCCUUCCGUUGCUCAUGUAUGUGCUUACCAUGGCCAACCAGAUUGCAUGCGUGAAUUGCUAUUAGCUGGAGCUGAUCCCAAUGCUGUGGAUGAUGAAGGUGAAUCUGUUCUACACCAGGCUGUGGCAAAGAAAUACACUGACUGUGCUGUGGUCAUUUUGGAAUGUGGGGGCUGUCCAUCCAUGUCCAUUGCGAACUCUAAAAAUCUUACACCAUUGCACUUGUGUGUGGCAACGCACAAUGUCACCGUGGUGAGACGGUGGGUGGAAGUUUCUAGCACUGAAGAUGUUGAAAAUGCGAUAGAUAUACCCAGUCCAGUUGGCACUGCAGUAUGUAUGGCGGCUGCUCUAAAGAAAGACCGUGAAUUUGAAGGGAGGGAGCUUGUUCGAUUGUUGCUUGCUGCUGGAGCAGAUCCAACUGCUCAAGAUGCCCAUGGGAGAACAAUUCUGCAUGCAGCUGCUAUGGCUGAUGAUGUUGACUUGGUCAAGGCUAUUCUUGAUGCUGGAGUAGAUGUGAACAUCCGGGAUAUGCACAACAUGAUACCUCUUCAUUCAGCCUUAAGUAGUGGGGCCAAGUCUUGUGUCGGAUUGCUAUUAUAUGCUGGGGCGAAUUAUAAUUUACAGGCCUCGUUUGCUUCCACUGACAAGGCGUCCAUUAGUGGAUUUCCAUUCCAAGAUGAUGACGGUGACAAUGCAUUCCACAUAGCUGCUGAAUCUGCAAAAAUGAUUCGAGAAAAUCUUCAGUGGCUCAUAAUAAUGCUUAGAAGCCCUGAUGCUGCUGUUGAAGCGAGAAAUCACAGUGGUAAGACAUUGCGCGAUUUCUUGGAGGCCCUUCCUCGAGAAUGGAUAUCAGAAGAUCUUAUAGAGGCUCUUGCAAAUAGAGGAGUUCAUCUAUCUCCCACAAUGUAUGAAGUGGGAGAUUGGGUAAAGUUCAAAAGAAGUGUUAAAAAUCCUACAUAUGGAUGGCAAGGUGCAAACAAUAAGAGUGUUGGGUUUGUACAAGGUGUUCCAGACAAAGAGAACCUCAUUGUUUCAUUUUGUUCUGGAGAGGCUCGUGUAUUGGCAAGUGAAGUUGUAAAAGUAAUACCCCUGGACAGAGGACAGCAUGUGAAACUUAAAGCAGACGUUGAAGAACCCAGGUUUGGUUGGCGCGGUCAGUCAAGGGACAGCAUUGGCACUGUUUUAUGUGUUGAUGACGAUGGCAUUCUGCGUGUUGGGUUUCCUGGAGCAUCCAGAGGAUGGAAAGCGGACCCGGCAGAGAUGGAAAGGGUUGAAGAAUUCAAGGUUGGGGAUUGGGUUCGCAUUCGUCCUGGUCUUACCACUGCUAAGCAUGGAUUAGGUGCUGUUACACCAGGGAGUGUCGGUAUAGUUUACUGUAUAAGACCAGAUAGUAGCCUUUUUCUGGAAUUGAGCUACCUGGGCACUCGAUGGCAUUGUGAGCCAGAAGAAGUCGAGCAUGUUGUCCCUUUUAGGAUUGGGGACCGAGUUUGUGUGAAACGGUCUGUUGCAGAACCGCGAUAUGCUUGGGGUCGUGAGACUCAUCACAGUGUUGGGAGGAUAUGUGAAAUAGAGAAUGAUGGUCUGCUGCUAAUCGAGAUACCAAAUCGCAAUAUGCCAUGGCGAGCCGAUCCUUCUGACAUGGAAAAGUUGGAGGAUUUCAAGGUUGGUGAUUGGGUUCGAGUGAAAGCUUCUGUUCCAUUCCCCAAAUAUGGAUGGGACGACAUCACACGAGACAGCGUUGGCAUAGUGCAUAGCUUGGAAGAAGAUGGCGAUAUGGGGGUCGCCUUCUGCUUCCGCAGUAAGCCCUUUUGUUGCUCAGUUACAGACGUGGAAAAGGUUCCUCCUUUUGAAGUGGGACAAGAGAUUCGGAUGAAGCCGUCUGUUACCCAGCCUCGGCUUGGAUGGUCAAAUGAGACCCCUGCAACUGUUGGAAAAGUUGUGAGAAUAGACAUGGAUGGAGCUUUGAAUGUUAAAGUGGCCGGUCGACAUAGUUUGUGGAAGGUUUCCCCUGGAGAUGCAGAACAACUUGCUGGAUUUGAAGUUGGUGAUUGGGUACGGUCAAAACCCAGUCUUGGGACUAGACCUAGUUAUGACUGGAACAGUAUUGGGAAGGAAAGCCUCGCUCUUGUGCACAGCGUGCAGGAGACCGGUUACCUAGAAUUAGCAUGCUGUUUUCGCAAGGGGAGGUGGAUUACUCACUAUACAGAUGUUGAAAAAGUUCCUAGCUUUAAAAUCGGCCAGAAUGUUCGUUUCCGGGCUGGUCUGAGUGAGCCAAGAUGGGGAUGGAGAGGGGCCCAGCCUGAUUCACGAGGUGUUAUAACUAGUGUUCAUGCUGAUGGAGAAUUGAGGGUGGCAAUUUAUGGUUUGCCUGGCUUUUGGAGAGGAGACCCUGCAGAUUUUGAGAUAGAGCAGACUUUUGAAGUGGGGGAGUGGGUGAGACUCGGAGAAAAUGCAAAUAGCUGGAAAUCCAUUGGACCCGGCAGUAUAGGUGUCGUACAAGGAUUAGGAUAUAAUGGAGACGAGUGGGAUGGGAGCACAAUUGUCUCAUUUUGUGGGGAGCAAGAAAGAUGGGCGGGGUCCACUUCCCAUCUGGAAAGGGUUGAAAAGCUGAUGGUUGGGCAGAAGGUGAAGGUAAAGCUCUCAGUAAAGCAGCCAAGAUUUGGAUGGUCGGGCCAUGUCCAUUCGAGUAUUGGAACCAUCUCCGCAAUUGACGGUGAUGGUAAGCUGAGAAUAUAUACCCCAGCAGGCUCAAAAGCUUGGGUGCUAGACCCGUCAGAGGUGGAGAUUGUGGAGGAAGAAGAGCUUCGCAUUGGAGAUUGGGUAAAGGUGAAGGCAUCAGUAUCAACCCCAACCCAUCAGUGGGGUGAGGUGAGUCACUCGAGCAUCGGGGUAGUGCAUAGAAUAGAUGAUGAAAAUUUGUGGGUUGCGUUUUGCUUUAUGGACAGGCUUUGGCUUUGCAAAGCUUUUGAGAUGGAACGGGUUAGGCCGUUUAAAGUCGGUGACAAAAUACGGAUCAGAGGAGGACUGAUAUCUCCACGAUGGGGUUGGGGAAUGGAGACACAUGCUAGUAAAGGUGAGACCGUGGGGGUGGAUGCCAAUGGCAAGUUGAGGAUCAGAUUUCAGUGGAGAGAAGGGAGACCAUGGACUGGAGACCCUGCGGAUGUUGUUUUGGACGAAUGCCCAGUAAGGACUUGUGCAUCAUGAGACCUCGCGUGUCAUUAUAACUCAAAAUGCUGUUCUUGGCUGCUCUCUGCCAUGACGAAGCCGGUGCUGCUGAUGUUAUGCAUUCUUGCACAUGCAAACCGCCGAUUCCAUUGAUGUGGACGGGGGUGGGUGUGGUAAUUGCGAAGAACGUACAUGAUGCAAAGCCGGAUAAUGUCAGUGCCAAAUCAGAAUGGGGGGAUUCGUCUUCACUUGCACAGCCAUAGGAGAUCCGGGUUCAGCUCUCACGGCAGAGGUAGUGAUAGGAAAUUUGUACUCUAUGGACUUUCAAUUAUUGAGCUCUGAGGUAUAUAAUUCUGCUCUCGUUUGUACAAAUUGGACUGUUAUAUAUAUCUGUGAAUUAUGAAAUUUUGGUCUUUCA